CCGGGACUGCGGUGCGGUGGUUUUCCUGGCUGCAGUCUUUUUUCCCAAGUCCUUGGGCGUCACUCCCCUCGUGGCAACAUCGCCAUUCUUGACCUACAUGAACAAGAAAGCAAGCAAGUUAGUCAAUUGCGAGUACCGAGCGUAAUGUUUGUUGCACCUCGAGUAAUUAGUGAGGUGUUUUCGUGAGCACCCGAGGCCCAAUCUGCGACGGCCAAGUCUCGGACGACCAGCGAGUGCUGUUAGGGCGCGAGCAGAUGCGGCUGCGGCCCCUACUACGCAGCAGCGCGUGCAUUGCCGUGCAUCUUCUGCCCCUGCAACACGUUCGAUAACAAGUGCUGACCCUGCACAAUGUCGUAAUAAUUGCGAGAAUCCCGGCUAGCGAGCGUGUCCGAGCUACAGACUGGUCCUCGUCCACGAUCUUGAUGUCCAGGCCACCGCUUUCUAAUGCCUGUGAUGUCUGCAAGCGGCGAUGACAAUCCAAUCGUGUUUCUCGACGUCGUGAUCAACGAGGAUAAAGUCGGACGCAUCGUGAUCGAGCUGUUCAAGCACCAGACUCCGGUCACGGCGGAGAACUUUCGGUGCCUUUGCACCGGAGAGAAAGGCGUCGGCAAUCAAGGGCACCCGUUGCAUCUCAAGGGUACCAUCUUCCACAAAGCCAUAAUCGAAUACAUAGUACAAGGAGGUGAUAUAGUUAACUUCGACGGCACUGGUGGCGAGAGCAUCUACGGACUAAACUUCAAAGACGAAAACUUUUUUGCCAAGCAUGACCAGCCCGGAUUGCUCAGCAUGGCCAACUCAGGACCCAACACAAACAGUUCCCAGUUUUUCAUCACUCUUGAUACCUGCCCGAACCUGGACGGAUCACACGUUGUGUUUGGAAAGGUUUUGAAAGGGCUCGGCGUUGUGAGAGAAAUUUCCGAGGUUCCCACAGAUGACGAUGUUCCCCAAAUGAGAUGCUGUGUAGCGAAUUGUGGAGAGAUUCCGAAAGGUCAAGACUGGGGAAUUAACGAAAACGACGGGACUGAAGACGUUUUCGCCCCAUGGCCUCAGGACCUUGAUGUCAAAGCUAGAGAGCAUUUAAGCGACGAUGAAAUCGUGGCCAAGAUAAAGAACUCGGGAAACUAUUAUUUUAGUAGACAUCAGUAUAGCUUAGCAGAUAGGAAAUACAAGAAAGCAUUGCGUUACUUAGAUUACUAUUCAAAGUUGACCAAUAAACCAAAUAAUGAGACUGAUUCCGACAUGCGAACAACAUGUCGACUUAAUUUAGCAGCGUGUAAAUUGAAAACCAAACAUUACAAGGAGGCUUACUCAAUAUGCGAGCAGAUCCUGCACGAAGACCCUGGAAAUGCAAAGGCCAUUUACAGGCGCGGCCAGGCAAACUUUGGCCUAAACAAUUACGAUGCAGCGCUUCAAGAUUUGAGCAAGGUGAAAAUGCUGCAGCCCAACGAUCACGCAAUAAUCAAGGAAAUUAAUAGAGUACGAGCAGCGAUUGCCAAUUACCUUGUCUCGGAGAAAGAGCGCUACGGUAAAAUGUUUAAGAAAGACUAGUUUGUAAGUUUUGAAGCACUGAAUCUUAGUUGGUAAGACGCCAGACUGUAAUAUUUACGGAGAUGUGUCUUUUGGAAUUUUUCAAGACUUGUGGGUCCGUGCGUUGUCGCAAACUGCGUGUUUUUUUUUACUAUUGAGAACGAGCGGACUGACGGGUAGUUAACAAAAGAGCUCUCAUUCUGUCAGAUCAAGGCAUGUCUUGAGAGAUAUAUUUAUACAUAGGUGACGAGACUGCCAUGCAUUGCCAAAUCAAUCCAUUAACAAUCAGUAAUUAUUGUUAUCUAUUCAUGUCGGAGUUGUGAGAUGAUGUUAAAUUUUGAUUUUCCACUCAAUAGUUCAUGUUUCAAGAGUUUCACGUUACAGAUCUGGCCCAUUUUUCAUCAUAUUUGACAAUUUGAAUAUAAAUCAAACACGUUUGGUAAAAUAACAUUCUUUUAUUUUUUUAGAGUUAAAAAAUGUGAUAAAAUAAAAUCAGACC